AUGACCAAGUUUGCACCUGAACAUCCUGGUGGGGAAGAGAGUAAGCCUACUACCGCAACCUCUGUCACAGCAAAUAGCAACCAUGGAAUCGCUAACUUUCUGGACUCAACAGUCAUCUAUCAACACGCCGGCCGAGAUGCCUCCACGUCGUACAACGAGAUACAUUCCCCGUCCUUAAUCAAGAAAUCUUUACCCACAACCUGCCACGUAGGCGUGUUGGACACGGCGACAAUCGAUGAGGCAUGGAAAGACCAGGAGAAGCAUUCAAACUCCAAUGUUGACGCUACUGUUGAUAUUGUAUCCGAACCCAAGUCCAAGCCAGAUCUAAGUGAAAUCAUCAACCUUGACGACUUCGAGCGAGUAGCGGAAAGGUUCCUCCCUACCAAGCCUUGGGCAGUCAUUCACACUGGCUCCAAUGACAACAUCACACGCGAUGCAAAUAAUACAUUUCUCAAUAGAAUCUGGCUCCGACCGGAGAUAUUGAGAAAAGUUGGGCAGAUAAAUACUCGUCAGCGAUUAUUCGGAUGUGACCUCUCAUUCCCCAUCUACAUCUCGCCCACAGGAGGGUCGAAGCUCGGAGGCGCUGAAGGCGAGAUCACACUGGCGCGGGCAGCAGAAAAAACAGGCAUAGUCCAAUGCUUUGCCACCCCAUCGUCAUAUCCUCAUCUCGAGAUCUUGGAAGCUACGGAGAAGCACGCUUUCUUCCAGCUGUACGUCAACAAAGACCGAUCAAAGUCUGAGGCCGCCAUUCGGGACGCUAUAGCUACCGGCAAGAUCAAGGCUCUCUUUGUGACUGUGGAUGUUCCAGUGAUAUCGAAGCGGGAAGAGGAUGAGCGAGCCUCGUCAAGUCAGGGGCCUGGACAGACGAGAGACAAGAAAGGGGCGGGGUUUGCGCGACUUGCUUCGUCUUUUAUUGACCCGAAUGUUUGUUGGGACGACAUCAAGUGGCUACGUAGCAUUCUUGGAGACAUACCAAUCGUCGUCAAAGGUAUACAACGAGCAUCUGAUGCAAACAUGGCGCUGGCUGCAGGCUGCGACGGCAUCGUCAUCAGUAAUCAUGGCGGACGAGCGGCUGAUGGUGCAGCCCCUGCUAUUCUAACGCUUUUGGAAGUGAACAGGAUCUGCCCAGAAGUGUUCAAAGGUAUGAAAGUCCUCAUUGAUGGAGGAUUUAGACGAGGAUCCGACGUCGUCAAAGCUAUAUGUCUUGGCGCUUCAGCAGUCGGCUUUGGUCGCCCACUUUUGUAUUCUCUCGGCUACGGCCAAGAAGGAGUUGAGCAUGCAAUUAACAGUUUGUCCCCCUUCCCCUGA